UUCUAUUAAAAUUGAUAACAUGUUUUGAACUUAAUACCACUAGUUGCCCACCAAGCAAGGAAUUAAACUAUACGCCAUAAUACAGUGAUGCAACGAAAAACACAAUUAAGAAAAAGCAACUUUGGCGAACCUAUAUAAAGCGUGUUUUCCCUUCAAUCCUUCCCACAUAAAUCCAUUGAGGAGAAUAACAGAAAAAUGGCAGCAGCAGCAGCAGCAGCGAAACUGAUGGCAAUUCACAGCAAGGAAGCAGAUAUUCACCAGGGAGACAUAUGCAAGGUGAAAGCUCUGCAAGUACUGGAGGAAUUCUCAGUGCCGAAAGGACUGUUGCCGGUGGAGGAAAUACAGGAGAUGGGUUUCAACCGAAGCACAGGGUUCCUUUGGUUUAAGAUGAAGAAGAAAGUAGAACACAAGUUCAAGAGCAUAGGCCAAACUGUUAUCUACAACGUGGAGAUUACUUGUUUCCUUGAAAAGGGCCACUUGUCGAAGCUGACGGGAGUUAAGGCCAAGGAGCUCAUGCUUCCUGUGGGCAUCACUGACAUUCUCGUUGGAGAACCUUCCCCUGAUACGAUCAAGUUUACGACCGCCAUCGGCGUCUCCCGUUCCUAUCCUGCCUCCGCCUUUGCAUCUCAAGACUAGCUACACACUGCAACUUCAACUUCCACUACUUCACAUCAAUCCAUGAUGAAGAGAAGGAAUAAUUAAGAAUAAAUGCGUUUUUAUGCGUAUUGUUCACUGUUACUCUAGUAUUUGUUAUGGUUAAUUUUCCCGUGACAUGCAUGUCUUACCUUAAAUAUAUUAAAUGCAAUUCUCGUUUCCUAUC